GAUAGCUAUAUUAUUAUGUCCAUCUCAGGCUUUUUCUGCAUACUUCUACACCUUUGACUUCCUUGGACUUGUCCCAAAAGCUCCCCUGACCCAGGUUCUUUCCACUAUUGAGACUCACUGCAACAAAAAUUGGACCUCUCUUACCGCUGAAAAUCCAAACAUUACGGCAAAAUAUCUGAAAGAUUAUUGUGCUUCUGCUCAUUAUAUUAUGACUAUUCUCUUGAAAGGAUACAAGUUCAAUAACACCUGGGAUCAAAUCUCUUUUGAGAAACAGGUAGCAGACACAGAUAUUGGUUGGACAUUGGGCUACAUACUGAACCUGACCAACAUGAUUCCUUCUGAACGGUCCAGAGCGGUGACAGGAGUGCCGCACAGUCAGUGGGCAGCUCAGAUUUUCUUCAUCAUAUUUGCCCUCUUCCUCAGUUUACUUAUUAUAGCCAUUCUGUUUGUCCGUGAUCUAAGCCAGUGAG